GAAGUGCAGAGCUGAGAGCUUACACAGUGAGAGAUCGAACCAUCUGCCUCAGGUGGAUCAUUUCUCUUAAGUCAAACUGAAACGUCAUGGGCUGUAGAAUACAAAACUGCAACUUGGGUUACAAUUAGAACUGAUUAUGGAAGCUGGGAGGAAAGGGUAGUUAAUCCAAUCUGGCAACCCAGAACCUCGGGCAAGCUUGUUUUUUUUUAGCACCACUGGCACAGGACACAGCGAGCUUGGCAUUUGGGACAGCUCUUGCUAUACAGGAAAUAAACUUGAAUUAAGAUAAGCAAAAAUCAAGAUUUUUUUUUUCUGGAGAGUUGCUAUCAAGAAUAUCUGAAGUAGAGCUCUAAAGAAUUAAUAAUUACUGACCCAUGGAGCCUAUAUAUGCCACCGGAGUAGCUUUUCGACUGAGGAGUGAGUGGGACCGAAAUGAAGGUUUAGGUCAGAAUGACAGGGCUCUGAAGUUCCUUGGUCAAGACUUUGAGACUCUGCGUGCCAGCUGCCUUCGGAGUGGCCGUCUAUACGAGGAUGAAACCUUCCCUGCCCGACCUUCCUCAAUAGGAUUCAAGGAGCUGGCACCUGGCUCUGCCAAAACCAAAGGAUUGUGUUGGAAGAGACCCACGGAGUUCUGCACUGACCCACACUUCAUUGUAGAUGGAGCCACUCGCACAGACAUCUGCCAAGGAGCUCUAGGGGACUGUUGGCUGCUGGCGGCCAUUGCAUGUCUUACUCUGAACGAGCCAUUACUGCGUCGUGUGGUACCUCAUGGUCAGAGCUUCCAUGAACAAUAUGCUGGAAUCUUUCACUUCCAGUUCUGGCAGUUUGGGGAAUGGGUGGAUGUAGUGAUUGAUGACCGGCUGCCAGUGAGAGACGGAAAGCUCCUGUUUGUCCACUCAGCUGAAGGGGCGGAGUUCUGGAGUGCUCUAGUGGAGAAGGCAUAUGCCAAGUUAAAUGGUUGUUACGAGGCACUCUCCGGAGGCUGCACCUCUGAGGGGUUUGAGGAUUUUACUGGCGGCGUUACAGAAAUGUAUGAGCUAAAGAAAGCCCCAGCCAACCUCUUCAGCAUCAUCCAGAGAGCUGUAGAGAGAGGAUCUCUAAUGGGCUGCUCUAUAGAUAUCACAGGUUUCUUUGACAUGGAGGCGGUCACCUUCAAAAAGCUGGUGAAAGGCCAUGCUUAUUCCGUUACAGGAGUGGAGGAGGUGGAAUUUAAAGGAAACCUUAUAAAGUUGAUCCGCAUCCGGAACCCGUGGGGAGAGGUGGAAUGGACUGGAGCCUGGAGUGAUAACUCCAGGGAGUGGAAAGGGAUUGACCCUUCCGUAAGAGCACGUAUGCAUAAUUGCCAGGAAGAUGGAGAGUUCUGGAUGUCGUACAAUGAUUUCAUGAAGGAGUUCAGCAGGUUGGAGAUCUGUAAUCUGACAGCAGAUGCACUACAAAGCAGAGAGCUGAAGAAGUGGAACUCGGCCCUGUACCCAGGGGAGUGGAGGAGAGGCAGCACGGCGGGAGGCUGCAGGAACUACCCAGCAACGUUCUGGAUCAACCCCCAGUAUAAAAUUGUACUAAAGGACCCAGACACUGAGGGCCAAGACGGUUGCAGUUUUCUGGUGGCGCUCAUGCAGAAGAAUCGGAGGCUGUUACGACGAGAGGGCAAGGACAUGGAAACGAUUGGAUAUGCCAUUUAUGAGGUUCCCAAAGAGUUUCUGGGCAGCACUGGUGUGCAUCUGAAGCGUGACUUCUUCCUCAAACACAUGUCCAGCGCUCGCUCUGAGCUGUUCAUCAACCUCCGGGAGGUGAGCUCACGCUUCUGCCUGCCUGCAGGGGAGUAUAUCAUCGUUCCCUCCACAUUUGAACCAAACAAAGAGGGAGAUUUCGUGUUGAGGGUUUUCUCUGAGAAAGCCACAGACUCUGAGGAGCUUGAUGAUGAGAUUUCAGCAGAUCUACCAGAGUACCCCAUAUUACAGGAGAGUGAGAUUGAUGAAGGAUUCAAAGCUCUUUUCUUCAAGCUGGCUGGAAAGGAAAUGGAGAUUGAUAUACCGAAGUUGCAGGUGAUUCUGAACCGCGUCGUAAGCAAACAUAAGGACCUAAAAACAACUGGUUUUGAGAAGGAGUCCUGCAGAAGCAUGAUUAAUCUCCUGGAUACAACUGGCAAAGGAAGACUGGGCUUAACAGAUUUUCACGUGCUUUGGGAGAAGAUUAAACGAUAUCUUGCUGUGUUUAGAGAAUUUGACUUGGACAAGUCAGGCACCAUGAACUCCUAUGAAAUGCGCCUGGCUUUAGAGUCCGCAGGAUUCAAGCUGAGCAAUCACAUUUUCCAGUUAAUAAUCUUGCGUUACACUAAGCCAGACAUGAAUGUGGACUUCGACAGCUUUGUGACUUGCCUGGUCCGCCUGGAGAGCAUGUUCAAGACAUUUGCAGAGAUGGACACAGAUGCAGAUGGAGUGGUGUCCUUGAAUUUCUCCCAGUGGAUCUCCCUUACCAUGUUUACGUAGAUGUGCUUUUCUUUUCCACUUUGCACUUAAAUCUUAAGAAGCAUGUCAAAGAUUGAAGCAUUAGAAUCUUGAAGCGGUUACGUGAAAAAUCUUCUGCCUGCAUUGUGGAGUGCUUGUGUACUGAGCUGCCUUAACUCGAACCGAAUUCUUCUGUGAAACUCAUCUGCAUUUAUUUUUUAAGUAAUCAGACCCAGUUUUCUAACAAUUAUGACACAUAGUUUGUUUGUUUUUUCCACUGUAUAGCAGCUAC